CGAGAACACCUAGAACAGAUCGAAGUCGAGUGUGAUCAAGCACAGUCGCAGUAAAAUGAGGGUGUUCGUUGCUGUGUUUCUGAUUAUUCAGAUUGUCAGUCAGGCAUUUGUCCAGGCUUCAAUUGAGCUUCCUGGUCCUGAUAUUUGUGGAGGUGAUAGUGAGUUUCCCUGGUUGGUAGUGGUGCAGUACCGUCCUCCAAAUGGAGCUGAUCUGCUUACUCCGUGUGUUGGAUCCCUGAUCAAUCAACGAUACGUUUUAACAUCAGCCCACUGUGUGACAAUGUUCGAUAUGGGAAGACCUGUGUCUGUGAGAUUGGGCGAUAAUAGCACUCGUUUUGGAGCGGAAUUUGUAAUAUUGGAUAUCGAAGAGACCCAUGUUCACGAAAAUUUUAUCGGCGAACCUAAUUUCUUAAACGAUAUUGCCUUAAUCCGUUUGAAGAGCAAAAUUUUUUAUACGUGGAAUAUUAUUUGUCUGCCCCCGACUGUGGGCCAACUAAGACUGCGUGAAGGUCAUCCGUUGAUCGUGGCAGGAUGGGGACUCUUAAAUGACGUCCCCAGUACCAAGAGGCAGACUAAACUGGUCACGUAUUUGAAUAACGAUCAGUGUCGUGCGAGAUACUCACAGGUGGACAUCGUCGUGGAUCCAAGUCACAUUUGCGCCGAUCAUUCCAGGGAUACCCCCUGUAUCGUGGAUGGCGGAGAACCUCUGAUGGGAUACCAUCAUGGUGUUUGGGUUCUGCAUGGAAUUUUGGCCUUUGGUGGACGUCCAUGUGGUGUGAAUAAUUUGCCUGAUGUCUUCACGAACGUUGGUGAAUAUGACCAAUGGAUAAAGAAAAAUAUGAGGCCGUAGUGGGAAAUAAAAUUUGUUUUUAUGUAACUUAAUAUGUUUACAGUAAAUAAAAUUAUCAUCGAAAUAUCUGCCGACCUAA